AUGGCCACCUCCACCAUGUCCGUCUGCUCCAGCGACCUGAGCUACGACAGCCGGGUCUGCCUGCCCGGUUCCUGUGAUUCUUGUACUGACUCCUCCUGGCAGGUGGAUGACUGCCCAGAGAGCUGCUGUGAGCCUAGCUGCUGUGCCCCCAGCUGCUGCCACUGCUGUGCCCCAUCCCCCUGCCUGACCCUCAUCUGCACCCCAGUGAAUUGUGGGUCCAGCCCCUGCUGCCAAUCUGCCUGCAGCAGCUGCUGCACACCCUCAUGCUGCCAGCAGUCUAGCUGCCAGCCCUCAUGCUGCACCUCCUCACCUUGUCAGGCCGCCUGCUGCCAGCCCUCAUGCUGUCAAUCCUCCUGCUGUGUGCCUGUCUGCUGCAAGCCUGUCUGCUGCACACCCAUCUGUUCUGGAUCCUCAUGCUGCCAGCAGUCUAGCUGCCAGCCAGCUUGCUGCACCUGUUCUCCUUGCCAGCCAUCCUGUUGCAUGACCCUGUGCUGCAAGCCUGUCUGCUGCACACCCAUCAUCUGCUCUGGAUCCUCCUCUUGCUGCCAGCAGUCUAGCUGCCAGCCCUCAUGCUGUCAAUCCUCCUGCUGUGUGCCUGUCUGCUGCAAGCCUGUCUGCUGCAAGCCCUGCUCCAGCGUGUCCCUGCUCUGCCGCCCUGUGUGCAGACCUGCCUGCUGUGUGCCCAGCUCCUCCUGCUGUGCCUCCUCUUGCCAGCCCAGCUGCUGCAAGCCCUGCUCCAGCAUGUCCCUGAUCUGCAGCCCUGCGUGCUCCCGCCAAGCCUGCUGUGGCCUCUCCUCGGGCCAGAAGUCCAGUUGUUGA